AGACGGCCCCUGAGCGUCAGAAGAGCAGCAAACCACCCUGAAGAAGCAGCAGAGCCAAGUGUUGGCACUGUGGGCUUUAAACUGACUUGGAAGAGGACUACUGAGUAGACGGUCAACUCCACCCAACCUCAGCAACUACUAGCAUGGCUACAGCAAGCACCUCAGGGCAGAGCACCUUCGGGCUCGGGAGGAAAAAGAAGAACCCUGGUCUCAUGGAUCAGGUUACCAAGUUCUUUGGAGGAGAGAAAAAGAAAAGGAGCAAGGGCUCGUUCCGGGGUCACCUGGCCACCUCACCUCAGCAGUCCUCCGCUCGCCGCCGGACCAAUGAAAAUGCUGUGGUGCAUUUCUUCAGGAGCUUUGUUUCCUCUCCUCGUCCUCAAUCCAAGUGGAGAGACGUCUUGGGUUUGGCCUCGUCGCCACGUGCUGAGAGCGCAAAGUCGCCGGUCAGGAGACGCAGAGACCAAAGCACACUGUCCAGGAUCUUCAACCUGGGAGAAACCAAGUCCCGUCCACCCCCUAAACGCUGGAGCACCAUCUUCUAAUCUCUCCGCCGAGGAGCAAACCCCUGCUCCAAACCCGAUGGGACAAGACGAAAGAGGGGAAACUGAUCUGCAAGCGGCGGACUCACAACCUCAAGAAUUAUUAACCCACUAACAAGAGCCUUCUUUAUGUUUGACAUUGGCCGAGUAUGAAAUCUACUCUCCCGGGAUGUAGGUGGUCACUGUGCAUGUUUUUUGUUUUAAUCCUACGGAUGUCUCGUCUCGCUGUUUAUAAGAGGUUUGGUCAUGCUUUUAGUAAAAUAGCUUACUGUAAAAGCACACAUUAUAGUAUGAGUCUGGUGCUCGUGUCUGCUGUCUGAGCUUUGUUCAUGGCAGAUGUUUGUUUUUCUAUUUAUCUCCCUUCAUCUGCAUUUUGUACAUGAGUGACGCUUUGUGUAUCUCGCUGCUUUCUAGAAACACGACUCACACACCAAGCAAACCGUUGUUUUUGUUUCAUAUGUGAAAUCUAGACGGGGAUUGGUCCUGUUUGUGGCUGUCGUGCUCGAGUGAAACGUAUGUUGCAAAGCAUUUGAAAACACAACUGGAAACCUACAGUAUAUGAGUUGUAGAGACUCUAAUGUCUUUGUUUAAAUGUAACUGUUUUUGUUUUUCAGUGUAAUUAAUAAACAGUACGAUGUCAUUCAAGUCUAUCAAAAAAUAAAAUGCCCUUUUCAAAUGCACUGUUACAUAACUACAGCAUGUCGUAAGAACAACUGGUCUGCUCUCUUAUCUGUAGCUUAUAUGGAUCUCAUUUAUUGUGAGUUAUCUGUUUGCAUCUUACAUUAAGUUUGUAAUGUUAUUUGUGUUUAGUGUUGUGAUUUAGAAGAGGACAGGCAACAGUUGGUUUUAUCUGAUGGUCAGGUAGUAAGUGGUUCAAAGGUGGUUUAAGGCAGAAGCAAGAUGGUCUGAGGAGUUCUGAAGGACAGUGGGUUGAUUUCAAAUGUUCUGACGCAUAAUAUGUCCAUUUCAUUCUGUUCAUAAUAAAUGACAUCGCCACUCUCGUUUGUAUAUGCUCUGUUUGUAUGUUCACUUUAACACAAAAGCCAAAAGAAGUGUAAAGUUGUUGUUUUUUUGCUACAGAAAUAUGUUUCCUCUUAAUGUAAAGCUCUGUUUUUAAUGUUCAGCCUAACUGGAAAUAAACCUGCUAUGUCUUCUCUUUAAAAUCCUGA